AUUCUGGGAUGGCUGCUGAUCGCCUCCAUCAUGUUGUCCAACCUGCUAAUGAUCUGCAUGGCUCGGUGCACAUCCCCCAUCAGCUACCUGCAGCUCAAGUUCUGGAGAACGUAUGUUCAAGAGGAGAGCAACCUGAUGGAUUCAUACAGCUCUAAACACGCCAAAGAGCUCGCUGAGAGGAACCUGAAGAGCUUCUUCAACCAACAACCGCCUGAAAACAUCAGCACACCUUCCAACAGGGCCUGGAAAAAGAUCUCCUCGCUCUACAAGUUCAGCACCAAAGACCAUUACUACAGCACCAUUCACCGCUAUGUGGAGGAAAGUUGUGACAAUGACUUGAUGAAGAUCGCUUCGGUCAAGUCCAGCGGGACUGCUGACAACAUCCCAGCUGCUCUUAGUUUUGUAGACGAUGUCAGGAUGGCGUAGUAACAAACAUUUUCAGCACCAAAGCCCAUCUGCAGGGUUACACCAGCUGAGGGAUCCUGCUGAACAUGAUGUCAGUGAACUGCUUAUAGUUUAUAGUGCCAAAGAAUAUGCUCUAAUAGUCAUCAUCAACAUCUCCAUCAUCAUCAUCAUCAUCAUCAUCAUCAUCAUCAUCAUGGAAUGUGAAUGUUUCAUCCACAUUUAUAAAAAACCCAAAUUGUUGAGAACAAUAAGGACACCUGGUUUUAAGUCAAACUCAAUAAAGGAAUAUGCUAUAGAUGUAGAAAUAUAGAUACAUGAACAGCAGCACAGUCAGGCAGAGUGUAAAGCAAGAGAUUUGUGUGAGCUUUAUAGAACAGGAAAUGUGUCAACCUCACCACUGGACCACUUCCUGUUCUUCGCUUGCAGAAUAAGCACGUGGCUGGGAAGUGGGCAUCUACCAAUCAUUAUGUCGAUGGCUCAAUCCCUAGCCCCUGAAGUCCACUUAAGGCCAGCGGUGUGUGUGUGUGUGUGUGUGUGUGUGUGUGUGUGUGUGUGUGUGUGUGUGUGUGUGUGUGUGUGUGUGUGUGUGUGUGUGUGUGUGUGUGUAUGGCAGCCUCUGCCUCUGUAUGAAUCUGAAUGGGUUAAAGCUACAUUAUGUAAAAGUGCUGAAAUGGGUCACAAAGAGUGGAAAGUCUAUUUAAAUGCAGUCAAUUUAAAGAGACCCAGGUGGGGUUUUACCUUUCCUGUAGUUACAUAGGUUUCUGUGCAUGUUAAUGGUAAAAUCCCUGUGAUCUAGAUGGAGUUUUUCUCCCAAACAGUCCCUCCUCGCCCCCUCCCCCCUGCCUGAAAUGCCUUCAUUGGACUACUUGUUUACUUAGGUUACAUAAUGACAUCACUAUGUAACAUUUGUGCUUAUAUUGGCAAGUGCUCCAACACAUUGACCAAUC